AUGGCGACCACCGACUCCCAAGUGUUCAACACUUUUGUGACGGUCGUUCCUGUUAUUACUGCUUCCAUUUCCUGCUGCUCUUCCAUCUUUUUGCUCACCAGAAUCUUCAAGACCCUGCAUUCCGACGCCUUCCACAUCAAGAGGACCAGAGAUCACCUUCUGAUUGGACUGACGUUCUUGGAUGUGUGUGGCUCUCUAGGAUUAUCCUUCUCCACCUACCUGGCUCCAUAUCCCAAUUUUGAUGGGCCUGGUACAGUUGAAACAUGUUCUCUGCAAGGUUUUCUGGUUCAACUUGGUCUAGGCGUGCCUCUGUACAAUGCAUCACUUUGUAUCUACUUCGUACUGGCGGUACGCUACAGCAUACCCGAUCAGAAACUGACCAAGUGGCUGGUGCCCAUUGUGCACUUGGCGAUUCUACCAUUUAUCCUGGGAAGCGCCAUCUACGGACUAGCCACUGAAGUAUUCAACCCAGCAGGAAUCAUGGGUUGCUGGGCUCACAUUGUGGCUGAACCGUAUUGUGAAGCAGACCCAUCUGUCUGUGGACGGGGUCAGAAUGCCAAGGCGUAUCAGUGGAACUUUGGAGGCAUCCAUCUCAUUAUUUGCUUUGUCAUUAUCUUGCUCUCCAUGAUUGUUCUGUACUGCACUGUACGACGGGUUGAAACAAGGGCACGUCGCUGGGAUCCAGCAUCCACCAUGUCCGGUGCCAGCAGCCACCGACCGUCCGGGCAAACAUUGUGUCAACCAUCGGUCGAAGUUUCGACUACAAGUAGCCAUUGCAACAAUAAUUCGGGGCGAAAACGUGGGAUGGUGCAAAUCCCACAAUUCAUGGUUUCCUUCAAGGCUGUGGAACAGUAUCUGGCCAGCAUCUUUUGGAAAAGAGAAGAAAGCCUCAGCAACACUACCAUGGAAACCGGCCUGAUUUACUCGUUUUCCUUCUUCUUGGCCUACAUGCCAUCAUAUGUCUUGGGGGUCGUCAAGCUACCAAAGAAUGGCAUUGGCUACCAGGUCUUGCACUGUCUCAGUGCCAUCUUUCUACCCAGUCAAGGGACAUUCAAUCUGCUGAUCUACACUCAAUCCAAGUGGCGUCCAUGGCUUCGGCGACACUUGUGCGUCCAACAGUUCCUCAAGCGCAAAAGUAGCAGUAGCGGUGGACAAUCAGCAAUGCAGCAAGAUGCGUCUGGACAGCGCUGCUGCAAUAAUGCCGCCGAUGCCGCCGCCGCCGAUUUGGAAACCAGUGGCGGUCAUUCCACACAGAUGACAGAACAUGUUGCCUUCGUCCCUUCUGGGUUUCACUCUGCCUCUCAGGAAGCAAAACAGGAAGUGCAAUCCUUUGCAAGUAAUGAUGCCAUGGCAGCAAAACAACAAUCCUUGGAAAGUUUUGAGGACAUUGAGGACUUUGCCAUUCCUUCACAUGUCGAAGGCAAGCAGAUGGACAAUAACGACAACCUGCAGGACAAUCAGGAUCAGGAUCAAGUUGCAAACGACCAAUCUACAUGUACAUUCGACGAAGAGCAGGCUGAUAGCACGCAGCAAAUAGAGACAGAGUCACACAAACACCACGAAAUCCGAUAUGAUCAGGAGCUAGCCGACGCCCCGACAACAGAAAUGGAUACGACAACCUGA